AUGAAUUUAUCAACCAUCCCGUUGAUUAUCAACGGUGAAGAAAUCGCAACUUCAAAUUUGUAUCCCGUGUAUUCCCACAAACAUGCGCAGGAUAAGAUAUGUGACUUUAGUUAUUUGAGUGAUUAUGAAAAGCAGAUACCGGAGAUUUGUGAUCAUGCUGAGAAAGGGCUCGAAGAAUGGUCGUCUAUGCCAUUCACGGAGAAAAGAAGCAUCUUGAAGAAAGCACUUGAGUUACUUGCGGCUAAACGAGAUGAGCUUGUCGAGGCACAUAAAUUGAUCGGGGGACCUACGUGGUUUAGUGAAUUUAAUGUUGAAGGAGCUAUAGGUCAAUUGGAAGAAUACAUUUCACAAUUAUCUCAGCCUGAUGGGGUGAUUCCAAAGUCGAAUUAUUGUGAUUUGGCCUUGACGUUCAGACAGCCUGUUGGAACAAUAUUGUCGAUUUCACCAUGGAAUGCUCCAGUGAUACUUGGGACUAGAUCAAUUGUGGGACCAUUAGCAGCUGGAUGUUCAGUUAUUGUCAAAUCUUCAGAAAAGGCACCACACUCGGCGUAUAUAUUAGUCAGAUGUUUCCUAGAUGCUGGUGUGCCGAAGAAUGCAUUGCAAUUAGUUCAUCUUAAACCAGAGGACAAUCCAAAGGCCGUUGAAUUAUUUAUACGUAACAAAGCAAUUAAAAAGGUUCAUUUUACUGGCUCAACAAGUACUGGCCGAGCUAUUGCAACUAUUGCCGCAAGUAAUUUGAAACAAUGCUUGUUGGAAUUGGGAGGAAAGAAUUACUCGAUUGUUGAAGAAGAUGCUGAUUUGGAUAAAGCUAGCAAAAACAUUCUUUGGAGCGCAUGGUGUCAUAUGGGCCAAAUUUGCAUGAGUACUGAUAAAACCUAUAUUCACGAGUCCGUAUACGAUGCAUUCUUAAAAACGAUGAAGGCUACAGCUGAAUCUAUGAUGAAGGACCCAGAUUAUAAGUUACCUCAUAGAGACGAGGGACUUGCAAGGAAUAUUGGUAAGUUUGUGAGUGAUGCAGUUGCCAAAGGUGCCAAGAUUGAAUAUGGGUCUGAGACUAGGUUUUCUGAUAAUGGUGAAAAUGUACCCGUUACGCCCCUUAUUAUUACUAACGUAACCUCGGAUAUGUUACUUGAUUCUGUUGAAACUUUUGGCCCUGUGUUGUCUAUCUACAAGUAUAGUGACGUAAAUGAACUCGUCAGGAAGUUAAACAACGAUCAAAGUUGUUUAAAGACGGCAAUCUGGUCUAUAAAUACUUUAAAGGCAUUACGGAUUGCUAAGAAAAUUCAAUGCGGUGGUAUCCAUAUAAACAGCUCCACAGUCCACGAUGAGCCAACUAUAGCUCAUGGUGGUGUUAAAGAAAGUGGACAAGGCAGAGUCAAUAGUUCUUGGGGUAUUGAUGAGUUUUCAUAUGUUAAAACGAUUACGAUUGAUGAAUAA